GCAUGCCGCGGCAAAGUGCCCCAGGGAUCGCCCGAGACGAGGCGGCGGUGACGUUGGACGAGCCUGGCGCGUCCAGCGCGGGCGGCACCUGGCAAUCGGGCGCAAGAGUUGCCUUCGCAUUUGGUGGUGGCGGCGAAUGGGCGGCAGUCGACAAGCUAGAUCAGAUGGCCCAUCUGCGAGCAGCGUACAGAUUGAAGCCCAAAACUUGGCUCACAGACGAAUGCCUGCGCUUGAUAUCCAACGAGCUGUCGGCUUCGAGCCCGCCAAGGCCUUUGCAAUGA